UGCCGACUGGUGGUAAUAUAACCAGGGUGUAUACACACAUUAUUAUCAGCAGGACAAUUUACAACAGUUACCGUAAAGUGACUAAAACCACACGAGGCAGUAAAUGUCUGUGUUGGUCUGGUUUAAAUACAUAUACCUUGACUACAUUGCUUGUCGUAUUUGUCUUAUCGUCUUGUAAAACAAGCUUUGAAUUUUGUAACACACAAGGCAAUACAGGUAUUAACCAAGGGGUCUCAUUCUAAUAAAAAAGCGAUAUGACGGAUUACACAGGCCCAGAUAAUAGCGCAACACUCUCAAAUGUAUGUGGCGAGAACGUUUGUGUGAAAAAUGAAGGUCAAAUGGUGGAAUGGCACCACGUGUAUUCUGGCGGAAGUGUGUUUAGUGCAACACCUAUGAACCCCAACCAAGAGUACCGUAUCCGGUUAUUUGGCGGAAGUAGCCACACAGACGUGGGAUACACCCAAAAGGACCCGUAUACUUGCCAGAAUGUGAGAACGUCGUACUCCCAGCAAUGCUUCAAGGAAGUGGGCAAUGUCAGACUGCACCGGAAGGAGCUGUUGGUGACAGUUUCGAUAGAACAGGACAAGUUCGUCUGCAAUGUCUCCAAGACCAACGAGACCAUUAAGUCCACCGUUAGCCCCGGUCCUGUGUGGAUAUAUGUAAACAUAAAGUUUGGAAAAGCCAAGAUAUGUCUAGAAACGGCUAAUGCAAAGCGACUGCAUUUCCAUGAUAUUUGUGGGGAAAAUAUCCUGUUUGAGGACAAUAACUAUAUUGCAAGAUUAUCGAAGGAGAUUCCCUCUGCUAUUUGUUGCAUUCAAAAACCUCUGUCGGUUAGAGACAUGAUCAAGUUUGAUUUAAAACCGGACACUUCCGGUUCCGGUACUGAACCACCGCAUUACUAUUCUGUCGCAUUGGGUGUAAGCAGCCUUAGUCCUCAGGACUUAAGGUCUACAGCCCCUGAAUUAUUUUCAGUUAGCAAUAACGUAACUUCAUUAAAAUCACAACAAUCAAAAAGUCAUCUUGGCAUGAUGGAGAUAUUUGAGAAAAGUGGGAAAACUAAGGAUGCAUGUGAUGGCCUUCUCAAGGUGAGACGAACUGACGAGACUCAUAUAACGUACAAACACUCAUCACAAACCGGAAAUGACGUAGCAAAAACUGUCAACUCGCCUGUGUAUUUGAUAUUAGAACUGUUUCGUGCCUCUGUGUCUGUUGUACAGGACAGUAGCAGUGAGGGCUAUGCAGACCUCACUCGCGGGGGUGACGCUGACGUCGAAGACCUCAAAUUGAAAUCUGCAAAAUCGAAAGAGCCAAGCGAGGAUACUUGGGACUCAUCAAGUGGUGACAAAGGGAGUAGUGGGCGAACUUAGUAGUGGUGUAGUGAUAUCCUAACGUUAUGUGGGGUUGGAUUUAGUUAAGUGGUAAACUACCGUUAUGUGUGGUCGAAGUAAGUUAAGUGGUAUACGACCAUUAUGUGGGGUCGAGGUUGAUUAGUGGUAUACUAUCGUUAUGUGUGGUUAAGAUUAGUUUAGUGGUAAACUACCGUUAUGUGUGGUCGAAGUAAGUUAAGUGGUAAACUACCGUUAUGCGUGGUCUAGGUUAGUUAAGUGGUAAACUACCGUUAUGUGUGGUCGAAGUAAGUUAAGUGGUAAACUACCGUUAUGUGUGGUCGAUGUUAGUUUAGUGGUAAACUACCGUUAUGCGUGGUCUAGAUUAGUCAAGUGGUAAACUCCCGUUAUGUGAGGUCGAGUUUAGUUUAGUGGUAAACUCCCGUUAUGUUCGGUCGAGGUUAGUUUAGUGGUAAACUACCGCUAUGUGUGGUCAAUGUUGGUUUGGUGGUAUCCUACUAUUAUGUGUGAUCGAAGCUAGCUUAGUGGUAAACUCCCGUUAUGUGUGGUCAAAGUUAGUCUUUUGGUAAACAAAGUUGUAGCCUACCCUUGCAUAUGGUCCAAGUUGGUACCUACUCGUUAUAUCAUUUGUCGUUGUGCCAUGGACAUGUUGGAUACAAUCUACACAUAAAGCUACAUAUAUUUAUAUAUAUACAGGAACACCGCAUAGUACAAUAGACUUGUACGAUAAUAUCGUAGUGCUAUAUAUCUAGUGUAUGUACUAGCAUGACAGUGUUAUACACAUGCCUGUUAGUGUUUUAUGCCUAUAUAUGGUUACAUUGGUCUGCUUAAGGAUCCCCGUGCCCUCCCGAAAACAACCUGCCUGUAACAACUUGGUAACUGUAUAUUUCAUGACUACGGCCUUGUUAAAUCAUUUCUGAACUGAAGUCCAUACCUUGCGGGACGUUGAUAAGCAAACAAUAAAGAUAAAAUGAACAGCAUAUAAUUCACAGCAGUGUUCUGAGGGAGUAACAUUUUAGCGGGGCUGUAUUGUGAUUAGAACCCUGGACUUCAGAUUACUAAUGCUGCUGCUAUAACAAACUGAGUAACCCGGUCAAUGUAAGUGUCCUGGUCCUGAUGGGCUACAGUUACUUUUGUACAUCCACAAUGAAAUAAAUGAAAGGUAACUGUACAUGUAUAUACGAAAUAAAACAUUGCACUGGGAUGGGGAUCCUUAAUAACAAUGCUGUGAUAUAGUAGUUGUUGUGUGAAACAAUACCCUUGUUUGUGGUAACAUUGAAGUGCCAUGACUAUGUUUGGUAGCAUUGCUAUAUUGGUUUGGUAUAGUUUUGUAUUGUUUAACGUCCUAUCAACAGCUAUGGUUAUUUAAGGACGGCCUCCCCUGUGUGCAAGAUGC